CCCAAUCACUUUUCACUGAUUAGUCCGGUGAUUGAUUGAACGAUUUGAUCAAGAAUUGUGUAAGUUGAUGUUCAUCGAUCGCGCGUUUACUGCUAGUCGUCCCGCCGGUAAACCAACUUAUUUCGUUCCAUUAAUGUUUUGGUAACCCUGGACACAAUACCGAAAGAUAAGAUAAGGACGGAUGAUGAACUCUUCAAUGAUAAACCAACGACAAAGCGUUACGAAAGGCUCCGAUCGUUCAAUUCUGCCCCUUUACAUCGUCGCCAGUGUCUCCACAACGUUCCUGCAAUUUUUAACGCGUCAGACUUGUCGAACCUGAUGGAAAACUUUCGUCGUUGGAGACAAAGUACAAGGAAAGCGGCGGCUAACAGGUUUAUCUUCGUUGGGAAUGCCGUGCCUCAAAAUGCUAGUCCUCCAGCCGAGUACGACCGCCAGAAAUUCUGUGAUAAUGAAAUUGUUUCCUCCAAGUACACAGCGCUGAACUUCCUGCCGAAAAAUUUGUUUGAACAGUUCCGACGUAUCGCAAAUUUCUACUUCCUCUGCAUAGCCAUUAUUCAGAUUGUUAGCGACAGCCCCACUAGUCCGAUUACCAGCAUCCUUCCUUUGAUCUUUGUUGUUGUUGUAACGGCAGUUAAACAAGGUUACGAGGAUUUUUUAAGGCACCGAAAUGAUCGGCAGGUUAAUGAGCAAUUGAUUGAUGUGGUACGAAACGGAGAGUUACAGAAAGUUAAAUCCAAGGAUAUUCACGUAGGAGAUGUACUCAGGAUCGAAGAGGAUGAUAGUUUUCCCUGCGAUUUAGUGCUGUUGGCGUCAUCGUACGCUGAGGGAAAGUGCUACCUGACUACGGCUAACCUGGACGGCGAAACAAAUUAUAAAAUGAAAAGUUGCCCAAAGUUGACUCGCGAUUUCAAUGAUCCAGAAAAAAUGGAUCGAUUAAGGGCACACAUUCAGUAUCAACAGCCGACGGUGAAUCUCUACCAAUUUGUUGGCACCUUGACUGUAUACUCGACAAGAGUUGCUCCAGAGGACUCGUCAGAACUCCUGGCAAGUUCUGAUACUGACGGAGGAGUGGCUUCCUUAGGAUUAGAUAAUCUUCUUUUACGAGGUGCUAGAUUGAAAGAUACAGAUUUCGUCUACGGAUGCGCCGUUUAUACUGGACAGGAUACAAAACUAGGUCUCAACUCGUUGCUGACCAACAACAAGUUCUCCACCGUUGAAAAGAGCAUGAAUUACUUUCUCCUCGCUUUUUUGGUCCUUUUGAUUUUUGAAAUUGCCCUGUGUACAAUACAGAAAUACGCCAAACAGCCUUAUCUGGCUGACGCAUUUUAUCUCGGUGAACUGCCACCAACAUCUUUCGGUGGAGUCAUGCAGGAUCUUGCAUCAUUUCUUAUCAUUUUCAACUACGUCAUUCCUAUAUCACUCUACGUUACUCUUGAAAUGCAAAAGUUUUUGGGGACUAUUUUCUUUGUGUGGGACGAUGACCUUUACUGCCCAGUUGCGGACGAACGGGCCGUUUGCAACACCUCUGAUCUCAACGAAGAAUUGGGACAAGUGGAAUACUUGUUAACUGACAAGACCGGCACCUUGACCGAGAACUGUAUGGAAUUUCGCCAGUGCUCCAUUGGAGGUACAAAGUAUAUUGAAGAAGAUUGCGUUUUGAUGAGAGCAACUGAUAAUAGUGCGACUAGUUUGGAACGGGUUGAAGAGUUUUCGGCGGAAGUUGAAGAUUUUCUUAUCACUCUGGCCCUUUGCCAUACAGUCACGAUUACGGGCAACAACAAACGCAAGAAAAAACUAAGAGCAAGUAGAACUGAAAUCAUACCUGGUAUGGAAAACACGGCUUUUCAAUUCCAUAGAGGUGAUUAUGAUUAUCAGGCCUCCAGUCCAGAUGAGAAAGCAUUAGCCGAAGCGUGUCAAAGAUUGGAUAUGGUGUAUUGCGGAGAGACCAACGAUAUAUGCAGAGUUCUGUUUCAAGGUCAAGAACGAUUAUAUAGUCGUUUACACGUGCUAGAAUUCGACUCUGAUCGGAAACGCAUGUCUGUGAUUCUCCAGUUUCCGGACGACUCCAUUUGGCUUCUGUGUAAGGGCGCUGAAAGCGCGAUCCUGCCUCGUUGUGACUUUGGACCUGUUUCCGAAACCGAAAGCCACAUCAAAGACUAUGCAAUGAUGGGAUUGCGAACAUUGGCGAUUGCAGUCCGUCCUUUAUCCGCAGAGGAUUAUGAAGAAAUUAGUUUUCAACUGGACCAAGCUCAUCAGGCUCUAACCGAUAGAGAGAAAAAAGUGUCUGAAGUGUGCGACCUCAUAGAAUCACAUAUGACGUUGCUAGGAGCGACAGGGGUAGAAGAUCAACUACAAGACGGCGUCCCUGAAACACUAGAAUCGCUCAGAGCUGCAGGAAUCAAGGUUUGGGUAUUGACUGGUGAUAAAUUGGAAACUGCCGUGAAUAUCGCCCAUUCGUGCGGACAUUUCAAACGCGGCACAGAACUAUUAAUUCUGAGUGACCCAGAGAAAACUGAAGAAACUUUGGAAAACCUUGAAAAGAAAAUAAUUGAUACAAGAGAUCGCCAUUUUGGCAUGGUAGUGGAUGGUCAAUGCUUAGCUGUGGCUCUAAAGCAGCACAGAGAUAGGUUCAGUCAGAUAGCCAGACACUGUGAAGCUGUCGUUUGUUGCCGCAUGUCGCCCAUCCAAAAAGCCGAAGUAGUAAAAUUAGUUAAAGGAUUUCCUGGGAAGCCUAUUACUGCAGCCAUUGGUGAUGGAGCAAAUGAUGUCUCAAUGAUUCAGGAAGCUCAUAUUGGAUUGGGUCUAAUGGGAAAAGAAGGACGUCAAGCAGUUCGUUGCGCUGAUUUUGCCUUUGCCCGUUUUCGAUUUCUUCGGAAAGUUUUGCUCGUUCACGGUCAUUGGUAUUACUGGCGUGUUUCUUCCCUUGUCCAGUAUUUCUUUUACAAAAACAUAGCAUUUAUCACGCCAGUGGUUUUCUUCACUAUCCACAGUGCGUACUCUACUCAGCCAGUUUACGACCCCUACUUUUUGACCUUCUACAACAUUCUUUUUACCUCGUUGCCAAUCCUCAUCUACGGUUUAUUUGAACAGAAUUUUACUGCGCCACAGCUUCUCGAGCACCUUCACCUUUAUAAAGAUAUUACGAAAAAUGCUCUAAUGAGCUGGGGACAGUUUUUCAAGUGGAACUUGUUGGGAGUUUGGCAUUCCAUUGUCGUUUACUUUGGGUGUUUGCUUCUGUGGCAGUCAGACCCAGCGUUUUUCGAUAGCGGAAUAACGUUAGACUAUUGGAGUUUCGGGACGUUAAUAUAUCAUGCCGUCAUCUUUAUCGUCAGCAUAAAGUUGGCUAUCGAAUCUCGUUAUUGGACAGCGCUAUUCAUUUUUUCUAUUUUGAUAUCCAUAAUCGGAUUCAUAGGCCUUACAUUCCUUUAUUCUGGAGUUGUCUUCAAUGCGCUGGAUAAUGAACAGAUGCUAUUUGUUUACGUAACUGUGCUCUCUACUGGAUCCGCUUGGCUCUUCACGCUUUUUUCAAUCGUGACUGCACUCCUUCCGGAUUUCCUUGUUGCUGUCUGGGAAACUUACUCGGUGGGUGGUGGUGUUCUGGUUAACAAGCGACACACUCCUGGUCAAAUUGUAAGGAAAAAACUUGACCGCACUUACUCGCUGUUGUCACAAUCACGUCUUGGUAAGUUUGUCAUUUCGAAGAAACGCGGAUCUUCUUCAUACGAGAGGCCCCAGCCAACAUCCUAUGAAACGCGUCGGACCAGUAACCUACAAACUCAUCGCGAAACUUGCACUGAAAGUAUUGGGCAAACACCUUGUGAAGGGCCUCUUGAAGUUUAGUGCAACUAUUAAAGGUUUGUUCGACGUAAGCGAUAUCCCCCAGCCUAGUCAAAGCUUCUUCCGUCAUAAUCGUUGAUCUCUCCAAGUCACCAUUACGUAAUAGUGACUACUAGAUGGAUGGCCAAGGCAGACGACUACCACAUGUCAAUUCAUGAAAUCGUGAAUCGCUGUAUUGCUGUGGUGAUAAAGAUAAUAUUAAUAUCCAAAAUGGAUUUAAACAUUUUUUGUGUUUGUAGAACCGUAAACUUUUUGUUUAAAGUUGAAUCCUUCAAUAAAUGAGAAUCAUAGAAGUAAA